CGAGACGAAACCGAAAUCAAGAGAAUGCACACUUGAGCAGGAAAUAUUACGCUUCAGUCUUACAAGAAGCAGACACCAUUUCGUUCUCAGCUAUCUUCAAAACUUGUGUUUGUUUGGGUUUUUUUUUUAACCUCCGUGUCGGAGAAUCCGAUAUUCUAAAUACUUUCAACAAACACCACCAUAUAAUCGCUGAACUGCAAACAUGAACACAUAUAAGUGCUAAUGUGGCGGAAGGACGCGACGUGUUAAAGAACGACCUUCCUCGGUGAACAGGAGAGGAGGCGAACAAAAUCAACCCUCACUGCUUUGAGCCUGAAGAUGGCGCUGUGGAAGAAAGUGCAGUGCUUGCCGACUGAAACCUUGAACAGCCUGUACCCCCCCACCUUCCCCAUCGAGGUGCGGCACUACCUGGCCAGCUGGCUGGAGGAGCAACCAUGGGAUGACCUGGACCUGAUGGACCCCACCACAGAAGGCAAGGCUCUGAUCCUGCUGUCUCACAUCAUGAACCAGCUCCGGAGACUAGCAGAGCACAACCACAACAUAGUGGAGAGAAUGAGACUCCAGCACAUUGCCACCAACAUGACUGUGUACCAAAUGCAGCCGCUGCAGCUUGUCAGGGCAGUGCAGGAGAUCCUGAAGAGGGAGCGAUCCCUCCUGAACCAGGGGAACUUCCCAGGUCUGGGGGUUCCAGGACAGCUCCCUCAGGCUGGCUCUCCAGCCCUGUCGCCAGCCCCCUCCCCUCUGCCUGCACCCUCAACUGCAGGAGGGAAGCAGGGUGAUGACAGAGAGAGACACAGGGCCAUCGAGAGGCUGGCUUUAAGGGUCGGGGAGGUUCAGAACUGCCGCAAAGAGAUUCACCAUCUUCAGGAGAGCAUGAACUGGGAAAAGCAGAACUACGACUCCCUACAAGCCCAGGCGAUACAGAACAGCAUGCUGGAUCAGAACCUACCUGAGAGCUGCAACAACCUGCAGAACCGAAUCCAGCAGGAUGAGUUCAAGAGCCAAGCAUUCGCUGAGAAACGGAUCCAGCUGAUCCAGGAGGCAGUACACACUCUGGAACAGACCCAGCAACAAGUGGAGUUGCACAUUCAGAGCUGGAAACGACAGCAGCACCUCUCUACCAUCGGAGCACCCUUCAGUGAUAACCUGUCCUCACUGCAAAACUGCUGUGAGCAGCUCCUGACGAUCAACAUUCAGCUGAACCAGGAGAUGAUCAUCGCGGGGAGAGAGUCUGGAGCGGAGCCCUUCAGAGAGCAGCAAGAGAAACUAGCCCUGCUGCUUAAGACACUCAUACAGAGCGCUCUGCUAGUGGAUAAACAGCCUCCUCAGGUGAUUAAGACCCAGUCCAAGUUCUCCACCACAGUGAGGUUCCUGCUGGGGGAGAGGAUGAACUCCGGGAAACCAGCGGUGGUGAAGGCUCAGAUCAUCACAGAAUCUCAGGCUAGAAACCUGUCCCAACCUGGCUCCCUCACGGAGAACGUGGGGGAGCUCAUCAACAACUCGGCCAUCUUGGAUCACAACGCUUCUACAAAGAGCACCAGCUCCACCUUCAGGAACAUGUCAAUAAAGAGGAUCAAGCGUGCAGACCGGAAGGGCUCAGAGUCAGUAACAGAGGAGAAAUUCGCCCUGCUUUUCUCAUCUGAGAUCAACAUUACAGGCUGUGAUACGGCCUACAAUAUCCAGGUGAUCUCCUUUCCCAUUGUGGUGAUUGUCCAUGGGAGUCAGGAUAACAAUGCGCUGGCCACCAUACUGUGGGACUGUGCCUUCUCUGAGAUGGACCGAAUCCCCUUCGUGGUUCCUGACAGGGUCUCGUGGCAGCAGAUGUGCGACACGCUGAACACCAAGUUCAUGUCGGAGGUUCAGACGCCCCGUCGUCUUGACAACGACAACUUCCGGUUCCUGGCCCAAAAGAUCUUCGACGAGCCAGAUAUCAGCGGAGACUUCCAGAACCGGAUGGUGUCCUGGUCCCAGUUCAACAAGGAGGUGCUCCCUGGACGAGGCUUCACAUUCUGGCAGUGGUUUGACGGAGUAAUGGAGCUGACCAAAAGACAUCUCAAGAACUACUGGACUGACCGGCUGAUUUUCGGUUUCAUUGGGAAGCAGUACCUGCACUUGCUGCUGCAGCAGAGCGAGGAUGGAACCUUCCUGCUGAGAUUCAGUGACUCUGAGAUUGGAGGGAUAACCAUCGCCUACGUCACCACCACUGACACAGGAAGCCGACAGAUCCUUAAUAUCCAGCCAUUCACUAAGAAGGACCUGGAGAUCCGGUCUCUGGGAGAUCGAAUUCAGGACAUCACAUUCAUUCAGUUUGUCUACCCCAACCGGGCGAAGAACGAAGCCUUCAACAAGUACUACACGGUUAUGCCAAACAAAAACAAUGGGUACCUUCAAGCGACGAUCCACACCAAAGUGGCAGGGGAGCAGAGUUCAUCCCGCAUGGGGAAUGGUGGGGGCGCCCCCUCCACCCCGUCCCCCCUCCCCAGUGACCUGGACCACCAGACUCAGAUGAACCUCCAGACGCCGUUCAACACAGCACGACCCUUCAACCCCCCCGCCUUCAACAGGGAGCCGAUCUCGUCCCGCAUGGGGAAUGGUGGGGUGUCCUCAGCCCCCUCACCCCUGCCCAGCGAGACCCCCAUGGAGCCCCCCACCCAGAUGAACCUCGCUCAGAUCAACGACAUCUUCUUCACACACCCGGGCCAGUUUCAGCACCCCUUUGUGAACCCCAUGCUAUAUAACCAGCUCCCAUACCCAGGAGGGCCCCAGCAAGAUGUCCACAUGCAGAACAACCCUACGAUGCAGGGAGUCCUGGAGCCCUUCCCUGAGCAGGGGCAGGCAGGGGCACACUACCAUCUGGACCUGCCCCCUCCGACAGACUGGGAGUUUGUGGAGUUACUGGGAGGAGACGCCUCUCGUAUGGACACGGACAACUUCCAGCUCCCACAGUGACAUCACCACGCCACGGACCAAUCACGAGGCUUUGCAGCACAAUUUGGACGCACUGAGACUAAACUGUGUAUAAAGAAGCACACGUCAGUGCAUUCAUGGAGAAGAAACUAGCAUUCACAUUAUUACUACAAAUCUACAGUGCCUUGAGCUUCAAGACUAAUCGGGGAUGCAGAACAUCUCCCAUUGUAAAUAAAACACAUUGCAUCACUGAAUGUGAACCGCUAUCACAACCUGGUUUAUUAAGGGGAUUUCCUUUUUGUAUUAACUUUUACAUUAUUUUAAAAAUGAAUUUCAAUAAAAAAAAAAAAAAAAAAAAACGUUUAUUACAUUACAGAACUUGGGUAUUACUUUUUGUUUCACACUAAAAACAGAUUUUCCAGUUUUUAGAAAAUGUACACAAAUGUAUUUCAUUCUGUGUGAAAGUAGCUCAGCACUGCAGGUUACAGACUGUUACAACCAAUAUUUUCAGUAAUAUAUUUGUGGAGAACUCUCGUCAUUGGUAUAUUAGGAAAGACAAUACAAUAAUCUCUGUCAAAGGCACUAAAAAGGGAAGACUUUGGAAAGGCUCAUCACUUCACAAUGAGUGACCCUUCAUGAAAUCCAAGGCGAUAUCUUGUGUAAAUGUGCUUUAGAGCCCCACUGUUGGUCCAGUCUAGCAUGAUGAUGUCAUAGAGGUUACCACACUGAGGCUUCACUGUGGAUAUAAUGAAGCUUCCCUGGGAGCUUGUAUGAAUUUUAAAUCCGAUGCUGCCUCUACUGAAACUGCCAAUACCCAUUUCAUGUAAGCGACUUCAUAUUGGAAGUGUUUUGGAAAACACCCUCACCCUGUGACCUAAGUUUGCCACCAUAUAAAGGUCAUUUGACUUUUACCCAACCCUUCAAGAUAUUGGCUUCAUGCGCAGGACACAUCUGCAUUGAGUGUGAGAGAGAAGAACUACUACUGACUAACAUGUGAGAGACUUCAAAUAUCAGCAUGAGUAGAAGUGAACGGAGCGAGGCUGAAAGCACUGAGUGCUGAUAUAACCCUCACACAGGCACACUCACCAUCCAGAACUCUAUUAUAUACUGCUUUAUUAUUAACACAAGUUACACAUCCAGCUGUAUUUGAUUGCUAAUCCUUACCAACCUGUAUUCAGUCUGUUGUCAAUUUCAUUAAAAAGAAGUAAAGGUU